UCUCGCUCUCGCACGCCCUUCGCCUUCGUUUGCCGGCAGAUUGCACUUUUGCACUUGGUUUUUUUCCUAUUAAGACGCCAAUAAGUCGUCAAUCUGGGAUUUCAUUGCUUUACUAACCGCUUCCCCAACUGAUAACAUGUUAGUCCACCACUUUGUGUGCUAAUAGCUAGUUCGACAUUCUGAUAAGGUGAACAUGACUGCCAACGGGAAUGGAUCUACUCAGGCUGCGGAUGCCGGCAGCGUUGAAUUCGUGGCACCGGAGAAGCUUCAGCCGAACUCCAAGAUAUACGAACGUGUCCAGAACCUAGGCGCCUUCUUCAAGCGGCAGUUCGGAGCAGAUCCCGACUUCUACGUUCGUGUUCCCGGAAGAGUCAAUAUCAUUGGCGAGCAUGUGGACUACUGCGGUUAUUCGGUGCUGCCCAUGGCUGUGAGCCAGAGCAUUUUCCUGGCAGUGGCCAAAAAUCCUGCUGACAGCCAGCUGCAGCUACGGAAUCUGGAGGAGGCCAAGUUCCAGGGCUACGAUGCGGACUUAAAGACUCUCAAAAUUGAGCUACCAAAAAGUGGUGGUCCCGCAUGGUACAAUUACUUCCUGUGCGGCAUCAAGGGCAUCCAGGAGAAUCUGGGCAGUCAAUGGAGUCCCAUUGGAAUGCGUAUUGCUGUGGACGGCAACGUGCCAUUGGCUGCCGGUCUCUCCAGCUCCAGCGCUAUGGUCAGCUCCGCUGUUCUGGCCACGGCUCAUGUUCAGGGCAAAAAACUAGAUCGCCGGGAGCUGGCCUCCAUUUCGGCCAAGUGUGAGCAAUAUAUCGGCACGCAUAGCGGUGGUAUGGACCAGGCCAUCGCCUACUUGGGUCGCAUCGGCUGUGCCCAUCACAUCGAAUUCCAUCCCAAGCUCAAGGGCACUCCGGUGACUUUGCCAGCGGGCAAAUGCUUUGUGGUGGCUAACAGUCUGGCACAGAAGAACAAGGCUGCCUCGUCGGAUUACAAUGAACGAGUAGUGGAGUGCCGACUGGCCACGCGUUGGCUGGCCAAGCUCAAGGGUCUGGCCAACUGGCAGGACAUUGUGCGCUUCAUUGAUCUGGAAGAGGCUUGCCAAAUGGACAACGAAACCUUUGAGAAGUUGAUCAAGGACAACCUAACCAAAUGGAACUAUACGCGAGCGGAUAUCUGCAAGGAGCUAGGCAUCACUGAGCAGGAACUGGAGACCAAGUUUCUGUCCGCCAACACGCGGCACAUGGAACAGUUUAAGCUACGACAGCGGGCCCUGCACGUCAUUCAGGAAUCCGGUCGAGUUGCCAAAUUCCGGAAGAUUUGUGAGCAGUUGGCUGGGCGACCCUGCCCCGAAGAUGCCAAGAAGCUAGGAGAGCUUAUGCGACAAUCCCACGAGAGUCUACGUGAGCUGUACGAAUGCUCGCAUCCAGAUGUUGAGCGUCUAAUUGCCAUAUCCAAUGAGCUGCAUGUCAGUGCUCGUGUUACUGGAGCCGGUUGGGGCGGCUGUAUAGUGGCCAUGUGUGAUUCCGUUGAAGCUGCGGAUGAGUAUAUAAAGGCUCUAAAGCGGGACUACUAUGCCCAGCUGCCAUCUCAUCUGCUGGAGCGCCAUCAGCCGAAUGACUUCAAUGAAGUGGUCUUUGCCACUCUUCCAGGAAACGGAGCUGAGUUGUAUGUUCAGUGAGCGACCAAACUUUCCUGCAUUUAUAUACCAAAAGCAACUGUAGAACUUAGUCAGUCACUACUAUGAUUCCAUAAAAAUCUUAUAUACAUGUAAAGAAAAACAUUUAAUCGUA